AUGGUGUUCACUGAGCUGCAGAGUACCCUUGAAGAUAAGGCGCAGAAAGCGAUACCGUUAUUGGAGAAGCUAGUUGCACUAUUGACGCCUGAUCCCGCUGAAAUCGUCGAAGCCGAUGAAAGGGCGCGUUCAGUGGUUAUUUUUGGUGUACCAGAAGGUGAUGCGGAUCACCCUUCAUCAAUGCGGCAGAAAUCAGCAGAACAAGCAGUAAGUGAGAUAUUGGAUUUUUUGGAUGUGUAA